GACGGAGAAAAAGGGAGAGGAGUUUGAAAGGGAGGAGGAGGUUUGCAGGAGAGGCCAAGGAAAAGACAAGAGAGCCGUGACGGCUUGAGCGUGUGUACCGGAGAGGACUUUCUUUUUGCUGGACAGCAUCGUGUCUGUACUCCUUUAUGUCGACCGGGAUUGAAAACAACAUUUCCCUCCGCGCUGGACUAAAGCUGAGCUCCGAUGCUAGUCCCGGACGAUGAAAGAAGUGCUGACCAUGAAAUUCGCCUGGAAAGCUAAGAUGAGCUCAGUGCAGGACUGGGGCGAGGAGGUGGAGGAGGGGGCCAUCUACAAUGUGACGCUCAAGAGGGUGCAGAUCCAACAGGCGGCAAACAAGGGAGCACGAUGGCUGGGGGCGGAGGGUGACCGCUUGCCCCCUGGCCACACGGUCAGUCAGCUGGAGACAUGUAAGAUCCGCAGCAUCCGCGCCGGCACUCUGGAGCGGCUUGUGGAGACGCUGCUGACCGCGUUCGGGGACAACGACCUGACCUACACCAGCAUCUUCCUGUCCACCUACCGCGCCUUCGCCAGCACACAGGCCGUGCUGCAGCUGCUGCUCGACAGGUACGGCAGUGUGGAGGAUCGUGAGGGCGAGAGUAGUCCCAGCAGCCCCUGUGAAACGCGUGGAGCCGUCAGGAAUGCGCUGGCCUCCAUCCUGAGAGCCUGGCUGGACCAAUGUCCCGAGGACUUCCAGGAGCCGCCGGACUACCCGUGCCUGCAGCGCGUGCUGGCCUUCCUGCAGAGGGCGCUGCCGAGCUCGGAGCCCCUGCGUCGCGCCCAGAGCCUGCUGGAGCAGCUGAGGAGUCAGGCCAGCCUGGAGACUGACACGGACGGAGGUUUCCAUGGAAACAGCUCUUUCUGCCUCGGGGAGGACUUGGACGUGGAGAUUGAGUUGCAAGAGGACUUCCUGUCCUUCGAGACGGACCUGGUGGCCGAGCAGCUGACCUAUAUGGACGCACUGCUGUUUAAGAAGGUGGUGCCGCACCAUUGCCUGGGCUCCAUCUGGUCGCAGCGGGACAAGAAGCAGAACAAGCAUAGUGCGCCGACCAUCCGCGCCACCAUCGCCCAGUUCAACGCCGUGACCGCCUGCGUGGUCAGCACGGUGCUUCGCCGGCGCCAAGUACGGCCGCACGCCCGCGCCCGAUGCAUCCAGCACUGGAUCGACAUCGCACAGGAGUGUCGCAUUCGUAAGAACUUCUCGUCUCUUCGAGCCAUCGUCUCGGCCCUGCAGUCCAACCCCAUCUACAGACUCAAGAGGACCUGGGCCUGUGUGCACAAGGACAGAAUGCAGAUAUUUGAGGAGCUGUCAGAAAUCUUCUCCGAUCACAACAACUACCUGACCAGCCGGGAGCUCCUGAUGAAGGAGGGCACGUCCAAGUUUGCCAGCCUGGACAGCUGUGCGAAGGAGCAUCAGAAACGCUCUCAGAAGCGCUUGCAACUGCAGAAGGAAAUGGGUGACAUGCAGGGGACAAUACCGUACCUUGGGACAUUCCUCACAGACCUGACCAUGCUGGACACAGCUUUGCCGGACUUUGUUGAGGGCGGCCUGAUCAACUUCGAGAAGAGGCGCAGGGAGUUUGAAGUGAUUGCUCAGAUAAAGUUGCUUCAGUCUGCCUGCAACAGUUACUGUCUGAAUUCCAACCGGACGUUUCUGCACUGGUUCAGUAGUCAGCCUCAGCUCACUGAGGAAGAGAGCUACGGUCUGUCCUGUGAGAUUGAAGGGCUUGGAGACAGCAGUCCAACAUCACCCAAACCUCGCAAGAGUAUGGUGAAGAGGCUAAGUCUGCUAUUCCUGGGAACAGACACCACCACAUCGAAUUCCCCAGUCAGGGAAACGCCUCGCUCGCCCCCUACUGGCAGCUCAGGGGAGAGCAUGGACUCAGUGAGCGUGUCGUCCAGUGACUCGAGCCCCUCAGACAGUGAGGGAAUGACUCCCACACACUCCUCAGAUACCCAGCUAAAGAAGCUUUCAGAAUCCUCCUCCUGUACCUCACUGCAUUCCAUGGACACGACUUCCUCCUCGGCCAGCAACCCCCUGAGCCUGGCGUCCCCCACGCAGCCCUCGGCGCCCCACUGCACUCACCGGCGCUCGGCCUCCCUCACCCUGUCCCCCACCUCCCCCCUGCCCCCCGCCUACAACACCCAGGCCCAGGACGCCUGCAUCAUCCGCGUCAGCCUGGAGCAAGGCAACGGAAACCUCUACAAGAGCAUCAUGCUGACCAGUCAGGAUAAGACCCCAGCGGUCAUCUCUAGAGCGAUGGCCAAGCACAACCUGGAGGAGGAACAGGCUGAUGACUAUGAACUGGUGCAGGUCAUCUCGGAAGAGAGAGAGCUGGUGAUCCCUGACAACGCCAACGUGUUUUACGCCAUGAACACCUCAGUCAACUUCGACUUCCUGCUCCGGCUGCGCGGCUCAGCGGGGCGGGCGGUUCAACUCCGCAGUCGCUGCAGCUCCACGCUCCCCCGCGCACAACAGCGCAGCAGCCUCUCGCUCCGCCUCAGCAAGGUCACCUUGUGACAUCCC